UCACUACUCUUUGCACACUAAACAAACACACAAACAAGUACGUGAAACAUGGAAGGGCAGAGAAAGAAGCUGUUGUUGUGCACUACCCUUUUGCUUCAGUUGCUUUGCCUGGUGGUUGCCGGCGGCAAGGUUCCGGCGAUCAUUGUCUUUGGUGACUCGUCGGUGGAUGCCGGGAACAACAAUUUCAUAGAGACGGUUGCAAGGAGCAAUUUCCAGCCUUAUGGACGUGACUUUCAGGGUGGUAAGCCAACUGGGAGAUUCAGCAAUGGCAGAAUAGCGACGGAUUUCAUAUCCGAGGCGUUUGGAAUCAAGCCAUAUGUGCCAGCUUACUUGGAUCCUAGUUAUAAUAUUUCACACUUUGCUACCGGGGUUGCUUUUGCUUCUGCUGCUACCGGUUAUGACAAUGCAACUUCAGAUGUUCUGUCUGUGAUACCAUUAUGGAAGCAGUUGGAGUACUACAAGGCAUACCAAAAGAAACUGAGUACCUAUCUUGGAGAAAAAAAGGCACAUGACACAAUUACCAAAUCACUGCACAUAAUAAGUCUUGGUACAAAUGACUUCCUAGAGAACUACUAUGCAAUGCCUGGGAGGGCAUCACAGUACACACCAAGUGAGUAUCAGAAUUUUCUGGCUAAGAUAGCUGAAAACUUCAUCCACAAACUCUAUGGUCUUGGUGCUAGGAAGAUAUCCCUAGGAGGUGUACCUCCCAUGGGGUGCUUGCCCUUGGAGAGAACCACAAAUUUCGCUGGUGGAAAUGACUGUAUGUCCAGAUACAAUAACAUUGCAUUGGAGUUCAAUGAUAAACUCAAUAAGUUGACCACAAAGCUGAACAAAGAACUUCCUGGGGUCAGAUUGGUAUUUUCAAGUCCGUAUGAUAUUUUGUUGAAUGUUGUUAAAAAGCCUGCCCAAUACGGGUUUCAAGUGGCAUCGAUGGCAUGUUGUGCAACUGGAAUGUUUGAGAUGGGAUACGCAUGCAGCAGAGCCAGCCUUUUCAGCUGCAUGGAUGCUUCCAAAUAUGUAUUUUGGGACUCUUUCCACACAACAGAGAAAACCAAUGGAAUCAUUGCAAACUACCUCGUCAAAAACGCACUGGCUCAAUUUUUGCAUUAAACAAAUGUUGUCUGAAUUUUAUAUAUGUAAUGUAAUGUUAGAGUGCAUGCAUAAAAGAAAAAAGAUGUUGCAAUUUCAUUUUAAUUAGGGAGUAUCAAGUGUCUGAAACUUGCUCGCAUAACUUUUGGCAACUGAAGUGCAUGCCAUCAUAAUUUUGUUUUGCCAAACAAACCGUGAUGAUGAAAAUAAACCUUCUCAGUUGACGGCUAUCUCCUCCACAUCAAUUACUUAUGUCCUCACCGUAAUGAGCUUUUGGCUCCAAAUCAAUGAAUUGGUUUGAUUUACUA